UUUUCCAGUUGAGCUUAAAUUCGUCGAGUGUAAACAAAACGGACGAUCUAAUUCAUGUAUUCAACGAGAAAAUACAAAGUUAAAGAAUUUAUUUGAAACAGAAGUUGUCGCAUUAAUGUCACAGUGCAUUGGCAAUAUAAUUAAUAAUUUUUAUUUUUUAGUCUACGACUGAGACGUUUAUAUCCUCAUGACAUUCCAUUGACCAUGUUCGAUCUGUCAUCGAAAUGCCAAGGACAAGUAUUGAAGAAAUGGCGGCUUUUUCAAGCCACAGACUUUCAAUCCUUGAUGUAUCCCUGCUUCAUCUUCUGCCACAUUCUUGGAAUCUUCCCAUACAAGAUCAAUGCGUCGACUUUCAAGAUUUCCAAACAGUGCUACGUUUUAUCAACCGUCGUUAUUUGUGCUGUCUGCAUUUACGAAUUCAAGCUGUUCUAUGAUUUCACCAUUUCUGAAAGGAUUGAGUUUGGAAACUUACCGUGGAUUCUUGAAGGUACCUGCUACUAUGCACUUAGUAGUUUCAUAGUGAUCGUCACGUAUAUUUUGAGUGGUCCACGAAUGCGUUUGCUCCAAAUUAUAAUGGAUGUGUCUUCAAAGCUGCCUUCGGAAACGUAUAAGAAAUUAUCCAAGAUGAUCCACACGAAAGACAUCUUCAGUUUCUUCUUCCUCAUCAUAGUAAUGCUGAUAUCUUAUAACAAGUUGAAUUACCACCUUACACUAGAGUUGUACACAAUAUACAUCAGUUUAGUGGUAUUUCAGAUGGAUAUGCUAUACUUGAAUUGUGUUUGCAUAUUAAAGGCUUGUUUCAAGAGAAUCAACGACAAUCUGGUGAAUUUUCGGGAACCCGUGCUCAAAGAUGUGCCACACCUAUUCAACCGGACCCACCAUAAGCAGGGAAAUCCAUUUCCACUGAUGGAACUCAAAGCUUUGAAAAAGCAGCACAUGAUGAUCAGCGAUACAGUGCAGAUGUUGAACUUAGUUUUCAGCUUGCAGCUUCUCGCUUCCAUAAUUAUAACUUUUUGCGAAAUUACUUUCAGUCUGUAUUUUUAUGCGUCGCAGUGGCCAAUAUUCACAUAUGAGUUACAUAAUGAUCUUUGGUACUCAUAUUUCUUAGUAUUUAUAAUUAAUUAUCAAAGCUUGAAAAUAUUAUCGAUAGUAUGGGCCUGUGAGACCGGCAAAAAUCAAGCUCUGGAAAUUGGCACCACUAUUCACGUCGUGUUUAACAGCAUUAGCGACGAAGAUGUGAAAAACGAGUUGCAGCUGUUCUCUUUGCAAAUAUUGCAACGCAAAAACAUUUUUUCAGCCAAGGGUCUCAAAGUGGACGCGACACUUCUCGCUGCAUAGAUUGUUGGUAACAUUACUACAUAUGUGUUAAUCUCAAUGCAGUUUCUAUUGAUAACCUGCAAUAAAAAGUCUACAAAC